CAGGGAUCAAACCCGCAACCUCAUGGUUCCUAGUCAGAUUUGUUUCCCAUGCGCCAUGAUGGGAACUCCUUGUUUCUUUUUAAAAUGUGAACCUUUCCUCUUGUGAGGGAUUAGUCCACCACACACGUGUUCUGGAUGCUGUCCUCUUUCACUUUGUGCAGGCUUUUGGUUCUCCGCUCUGUCCUUAUCUCCCUUGCAUCUAGUAUCAGUGUUAUUGUCCUGCAAACACGUUCAACUGUCUCAUCUCCACUCGUCCCAGCUUCCCCUACCCCAAACACACCCUUGGCCCUCACAUUUUCUCCAGCUACUGCUCCAUUUCUGUUUGCCAUAUCAACAUUAAAAAAGAAUCAUUUAUACCAACUUUAUUUUCAUGUCCUUGCCUCCCAUUUGUAGUCAGCCUACUCCAGUCUGGUUUUCAGUCCCCAUCUGUGUUGACCAGUCCUUCCUGCUAGAAACACUCUCUGCGUUGCUUUGGGGGCCCACAUCAGACUCAUAUAUUUCUUCCACCUGUCAUGCCACUUCUCACCUCAGUCAUCUUUGCUUGUUCCUCAUCCUAUCCAAGCAACUUACAGCUUCAUUCCCUGCAUCCCUUUCUUUUAAUGCACACUCCAAUGAUAUUAUCCAUUGCCUUGAUUUUAGAUGUUGAAAUCUAUAUGUCUUCCCAUGUUUACAUCAAUAGCUGAGACCUUUCUUCUGCUCGCUUGAUAUGUACCCUUAGAUUUCUCACAGGCAUCUUAAAUUUAUUUAUUUUUUAAAAAUCUUGUCUUAUCAGAAUCUUACCUUCCACUUGAGAAUGUUAUCCCCUCACUCUUCAUUUAAGUAAACGGUACCACUACACCAUGACAAAAUAUAUGAAGAUGUACACUAAGGGGAUAAAAAUUAAAUAGCAUCACAUUAGUCCAGUAUUUGCUGUUGGACAAGUUCAGGUCAGUUUAGAUCUUGCCACCAGAAGACUUAAAUGAAAAAAUUUUUCGUUUUCAGAGUUUUUUUAGACUUCACAUUUCUGGUUCCUGUAUCAUGGACUCAUAGACAGUUUGUAGCUUUUCUUUAUAGCAAAAAUUAGAACAUCUAGACCAGAUUUUUUUAGGGCACUCCCAGAUCAUGGUAUUAACACCGUAUCUGCUGCAUAUACAAGAUAGCUCGUUUCUCUGUUAAAUGUAGCAGGAAGGUGUGCAUCCACUGGGAUCUGAAAGUGGAAUCAAUUCAUUAACCAAGAUUUGCUUUUUGUUUUAAAGGGUCAUCUCAGAGUUUAAUUACUCUACAUUUCACUGUGAGGGAGAUAGUGAUUUGAAAGAUGGAGUGAUAUACUUUGAAAUGAAUGUAGCUUUGUUCUGUGGCGCAUAGUACUUCAUAGUUGCAGGGGAUGCUAGAGUCUAGUUUGCUCCUUUUACACAUGCACGAUCUCCGGAAAGGCCAUGUCAGGCAAAAGAGGACCCCACAUUUUCCAACUGUAUACAUCACACAGCUUCUGUAUCAGAGUAGUUAAUACAAUAAAGGUUAUGAGGGAUGGUUACUAUAACAGAAGGAAGGAAGUAGAGUACAGGGAUCCUGACCUGCAAAGCUCACCUGGGGAGAGAUAUCCCCAGAAGAAGCCCUGUGACGAGGCAGUUUAUAACUAUUAAAAAUGUUAAGCCAUGAAGUAACAUAAAGAAGUUUAAAUGCUAUUUGAAUGGCCAAGGGGGGUCUGAUGAUCUCCCAGAGAGGGGAUUAAUUAGGAAAACAAAAUGUUUUUGUUUACUUUUUCUGUUUGGAGACCUAAUUGAGAAGCAAUGUUAAGUAUUUAACUGGAGUUGGUAAAUGCCACAUAUUUAAGUAUGUGAGGUAAAAACUUGAUAACAUAAGCUUCCCAUACUUAGGUGCAGUAUUCUUUUUUUGUUAUGUUUCUUUGCAGUCAUUUUCUCUUCUCUCACUGCCCUAUUUGAGUUUCAGGCCAACAUGUUGUAGAAGUCAAAUAUAUUAAACUCAAAAUAAAAUGAGGUCUAUAAAUACCAAUAAAGAAAGAUGUCUGUGAAAUAAUAUACUAGCUUUCUGUUGCUGUUGUAAUAUUGCUACAAACCUAGUGGCUUCAAAUAACACAGAUUUAUUAUCUUAGCAUUCUUUAGGUUAAAAGUCUGACACAAGUCUUGCUGGGCUAAAAUCAAGGUGUCAGCAGGGCAGGGCUGUCUUUUCUUUUCUUUUCUUUUCUUUUCUUUUCUCUUCUCUUCUCUUCUCUUCUCUUCUCUUCUCUUCUCUUCUUUUCUUUUCUCUUCUUUUCUUUUCUUUUCUUUUCUUUUCUUUUCUUUUCUUUUUUCCUGGAGGCUCCAGGAGAGAAUCCAUUUCUAGAAUCCACUUCUACAUUCCAUGAUGUGUGGCUGCCGCCUCCUGUCUUCAAAGCCAGCAAUUUAGCAGUUCUCUAACCCUCCCGGCAUCAUCACAUCUCUUUCUGGAACUCUCUUCUGCCUUUCUCUUCCACUGUUAUGGACUCUGAUUACACUGAGUGCCCCUGGAUAAUUAGGAUAAUCUCAACUUAAAAUCAGCCGAUUAGCAGCCUUACUUCCCCUUUGCCAUGUAACUAACAUAUUCACAAGUUCCGGGUAUCAGGACAUGGGCAUCCUGAGAAUCAUGGACCUGCCUACCGUGUGUAGUAAGUAACAAAAGAUGGUUGCCAGACAGUCUGUAGAGUUUUCAUUCCAUUUGGAUCUGAAAAAAAUGAGUGGUGAUGAGAAAUCACAUGGUGUAAGGUGUCACUGUAAGAAAACUUUGUAUUCAAAACUAUGACAUUAAAAGAGAAGAAAGGUUGGCUUCUUCAGUCACUUUGCUAAAAGAUUCUCAACAGUUUUGAUUGCCAGGCAGUGGGACACUAUUCAGAGUCCCCGAUUGUGAAUCAGUUGCAUGAAGUGGGCCUGUGCACUCCCACACCCUCCCCGAGGCCUUCUCGGGUUUCUGCUGGGCAUUGUUUAACUUCUCUUAAGGGACCAGUUACUCCUUGAUCUCUGAUAGAUAAGCUCGGAUUCGGCCUGGCUUCAGAACAUCUCUGUACACCAGGAAGUGCACAUUUUGCUCUAAGUUAAUUACUAUCCCACCCAAAGUAUAGUACCACUUAAUAAUCAUCAUAUCUAUUACAUGAAUAGUAUUUAUUAAAUCUAUUCAGAUAUAUCUUCCAUUUGCAUAGUACCCUUCAUCCAUCUUCAAAUGAUUCAGAAUCUUUCUGAAAGAAGCAUUAGGUAGAGAGUAAUUUCCUCCAGAUAUACAGAUGGGAAACAGUAAGAAUUCACAGGCAGCCUGGAAUAAGCAGAUGGGUCUUACAUCACACCUGCCGGUAUGGGCUGUUUCCAGUGCACAGUGACCACACUGUAUCCUUUUGCAGAAAAAUAAUAAAUUUGGCCACGCACAUCUAAAACCUCAUUGCCCUUAUUUUCAUGAGUUUUGGUGCCCUUGCAAAUGUGAAUUUCUUAGCUGAAAUGCAUUGAGCAUUUCGGUCUGCCUAUUUCUAGCUCUUACUUUUUCAAACACUGAGUUUCUGAACUGAUAGGUCAUGAUUCUUGUCCUGUUAUUUUCAUAGAGCUCUUUACAGUUAAAUGGUAGAUUUUAAAACAGAUAUUUCAAAAUUCAGAGUUCUUUCUUCCUGGAUUAUGGUUUUGAAUUGAGAUUGAUUUAGGGUAAAUACUGGUAGUUCAAUAAAUAAAAAACUUUGUCUUAAUGAUAUAAUCUUGUGUGUGUGUAUUACCAAGAAAUGUAAAUUAAAAUUGAACAUGAUACAUUACUGAAGACAUUUUAAAAAUUCAUGUUUACUUGAUUGGUAUUUAAGUGUUCGUAUGUUCUGGGAGCAUUUGAAAUGUAGCCUUAAUGUGUGUGUAGUGAAUCCUUAACACAUUGAGUUUUCAGAUUGAACUUCCUUCUUUAUAGUAAAAAACAAACCAAAGGAAUCUGUUGCCUGACAAAGUACAGCUAGGUCACAGGUAGUCUUUUCUCACUUUGACAUUACAUUUGAUGAUCAACAGGCAUUUUUAUAAGCUCAGUGGGCAGGCUCAGUCUAGAGAUUCGUCUUUGGCAGGCGUGCUAUGAAAUAGUUUAAAUAGUUUUGCUGCAUAUUUACUGCAGCGAAUGUGCACUUGUUGGAGGGCUGCCUUUUUUCCUUCUUUUUUUAAAUCUGACGGAUAAAACAGCAAAGAACUCUUUCACUGCUCUUUGUGCUUACCUGUGUCUUGCCAUUUAGGACUUUAUGUACCUUUCGCAGAGAGGGAAUGAUUUGGUGAUGGAGUGCUCCCGCUGACCGAUGGACUCAAAGAAGAGAAGCUCACAAGAGGCUGAAGGAUCCAAAGAAAGAGGCCUGGUCCAUGUCUGGCAGGCAGGAUCCUGUUCUGUAACACCAGAGAGAUUGCCAGGCUGGACAGGAAAGACUGUUCUUCAGGCAGCCCUUGGAGUGAAACACGGAGUUCUUCUGACAGAAGAUGGUGAGGUCUACAGCUUUGGGACUCUUCCCUGGAGAAGUGAACCAGCAGAGCUUUGUCCGAGUAGCCCCAUUCUAGAAAAUGCCCUGGUUGGGCAAUAUGUCGUUACUGUGGCAACAGGGAGUUUCCACAGCGGAGCAGUGACAGAAAGUGGCGUAGUGUACAUGUGGGGGGAGAACUCUGCUGGCCAGUGUGCGGUAGCGAACCAGCAGUAUGUUCCAGAACCCAAUCCUGUCAGCAUUUCUGAUUCUGAGACCAGCCCUUUGUUAGCAGUCAGGAUCUUGCAGUUGGCAUGCGGCGAGGAGCACACUCUGGCACUGUCCAUAAGCAGAGAGAUUUGGGCCUGGGGUACCGGUUGUCAGUUGGGUCUCAUUACCACUACCUUCCCAGUGACAAAGCCACAAAAGGUGGAACAUCUUGCUGGGCGAGUCGUGCUGCAAGUCGCCUGUGGUGCGUUCCACAGCUUAGCCCUGGUCCAGUGCCUACCUUCCCAGGACCUGAAGCCGGUGCCCGAAAGAUGCAACCAGUGCAGCCAGCUCUUAAUUACGAUGACUGACAAGGAAGACCAUGUGAUCAUAUCCGACAGCCACUGUUGUCCAUUAGGUGUGACCCUGUCAGAAAACCAGGCCAGCACUGCCAUCACCCCCUCCACUGAAACCCUCGACAGCCAGGGAGAAGUAUUUGAGAAUGCUCUCACGCAGAAUGCGCUGCCUGCUGCCACCGAACUGAAUGUUGGAAAUGAUCAGACCACGAGUGUUCAGACCAUUUCCUCCCCACAAGACGACAUGGGGACAACUGAAAUUCCUCCUGCAAGAAGCUCACCACCAUACCCUGACCCUCAGGCAGUAAAUGAAUACGUGCAGUCAGAUCAUUCAGUAAGAGAAAACUCAGAGAAUGGUGAAAAGCCAAUGCCAUCUCAGCCUCUUGUAGAAGAAGCAAUUCCUAAUCUUCACAGCCCACCAACCACAAGCACUUCAGCCCUAAACAGCCUAGUGGUCUCUUGUGCAUCUGCUGUUGGUGUGAGAGUGGCUGCUACCUAUGAAGCUGGGGCCUUGUCUCUUAAGAAAGUGAUGAACUUUUAUAGUACAGUCCCUUGCGAACCCGGAGCUCAGGCAGGCAGUAGUUCCAUGGGCCCUGAAGGUCUGAAAGAUAGCAGAGAAGAACAGGUUAAACAGGAAUCAAUGCAAGGAAAGAAGAGUUCAAGUCUCGUGGAUAUCAGAGAAGAAGAAUCAGAGGGAGGCACCCGAAGACUCUCCCUCCCUGGAUUGUUGUCACAGGUUUCCCCCAGGCUCCUGAGAAGGGCUGCGAGGGUGAAAACGCGAACAGUGGUUCUGACCCCUACUUAUAGCGGAGAAGCGGAUGCCCUCCUGCCUUCUCUGAGAACAGAGGUGUGGACCUGGGGGAAAGGGAAGGACGGACAGCUGGGGCAUGGUGACGUGCUGCCCAGGCUUCAGCCAUUGUGUGUAAAAUGUCUGGAUGGUAAAGAAGUAAUCCAUCUGGAGGCAGGUGGUUACCAUUCUCUUGCACUUACUGCGAAAUCCCAGGUUUACUCAUGGGGUAGCAAUACCUUUGGUCAGCUUGGGCAUUCUGAUUUUCCAACAACGGUUCCUCGUCUUGCAAAGAUGAAUAGUGAAAAUGGAGUCUGGAGUGUAGCUGCAGGCCAAGAUUAUUCCCUGUUUUUAGUGGAUACAGAAGACUUCCAGCCUGGGCUCUAUUACAGUGGCCGACAGGAUCCAACAGAAGGUGACAACCUUCCAGAGAAUCACAGUGGUACUAAGACUCCAGUACUUCUCUCCUGUAGUAAGCUUGGAUAUAUAAGCAGAGUGACAGCAGGAAAAGACAGCUGUCUAGCUUUGGUGGACAAAAACAUCAUGGGCUAUAUUGCCAGCCUCCAUGAGCUGGCUACUACGGAAAGACGGUUCUAUUCCAAACUGAGUGAUAUCAAGUCUCACGUUCUCAGGCCUCUUCUCAGUUUAGAAAAUUUGGGCACUGCAAGUACAGUCCAGCUGUUGCAGGAGGUGGCAAGCCGAUUCAGCAAGCUGUGUUACCUAAUUGGUCAGCAUGGAACCUCACUGAGCAGCUUCCUUCAGGGGAUAAAGGAAGCCAGGAGUUUGGUCAUCCUGAAGCAUGCAAGUCUCUUCUUGGAUAGUUAUACAGAGUAUUGCACAUCUAUUACAAAUUUCCUGGUUAUGGGAGGAUUCCAGCUUCUUGCUAAGCCUGCCAUUGAUUUUCUAAAUAAAAACCAGGAACUGUUGCAAGACUUAUCAGACAUGAAUGAUGAAAACACCCAGUUGAUGGAAAUAUUGAAUACUUUGUUUUUCUUGCCAAUCAGACGACUUCAUAAUUACGCAAAAGUUUUGCUAAAACUUGCUACUUGUUUUGAAGUGACAUCUCCAGAAUACCAGAAGCUGCAGGAUUCCAGUUCCUGUUAUGAGUCCCUUGCUCUCCAUCUCGGCAGGAAAAGGAAGGAAGCAGAAUACACACUGGUUUUCUGGAAGACCUUUCCUGGAAAAAUGACGGAUUCCUUGAGGAAGCCAGAGCGUCGACUGCUGUGUGAGAGCAGUAACCGAGCCCUGUCUUUGCAGCACGCUGGGAGGUUUUCUGUGAAUUGGUUCAUUCUCUUUAAUGAUGCCCUGGUCCAUGCCCAGUUCUCCACCCACCAUGUGUUCCCUUUGGCCACCCUGUGGGCAGAGCCACUUUCUGAAGAAGCUGGUGGUGUGAAUGGCCUAAAGAUAACUACACCUGAGGAGCAGUUCAUUCUCAUUUCAUCAACACCCCAGGAAAAGACAAAGUGGCUCCGGGCCAUAAGCCAGGCUGUGGAUCAGGCUUUGAGGGGGACGUCUGAUCUUCCACCUUAUGGAAGCAGCAGCAGUAUCCAGAGGCAGGAACCGCCCAUUUCACGCAGUGCCAAAUAUACUUUCUACAAGGAUCCUCGCCUGAAGGAUGCAACUUAUGAUGGACGCUGGCUUUCAGGGAAGCCUCAUGGAAGGGGGGUUUUGAAGUGGCCAGAUGGGAAGAUGUAUUCUGGCAUGUUCAGGAAUGGUUUGGAAGACGGAUAUGGAGAAUACAGAAUCCCAAACAAAGCCUUGAAUAAAGAAGACCAUUAUGUGGGCCAUUGGAAAGAAGGAAAAAUGUGCGGUCAAGGAGUCUAUAGUUAUGCCUCUGGUGAAGUGUUUGAAGGCUGUUUUCAAGAUAACAUGCGUCAUGGUCAUGGGCUCCUACGAAGCGGAAAAUUAACUUCCUCUUCUCCCAGUAUGUUUAUUGGCCAGUGGGUAAUGGAUAAGAAAGCAGGAUAUGGUGUCUUUGAUGAUAUCACUAGAGGAGAGAAGUAUAUGGGAAUGUGGCAAGAUGAUGCUUGUCAAGGGAAUGGUGUGGUAGUUACCCAGUUUGGACUGUACUAUGAAGGCAACUUUCACCUCAAUAAAAUGAUGGGAAAUGGAGUUUUACUUUCUGAAGAUGACACUAUCUAUGAGGGAGAAUUUUCAGAUGAUUGGACCCUGAGUGGAAAGGGGACAUUGACUAUGCCAAAUGGAGAUUACAUUGAAGGUUAUUUUAGUGGAGAAUGGGGAUCUGGGAUAAAAGUCACUGGAACCUACUUCAAGCCUAGCCUAUAUGAGAGUGAUAAAGACAGACCCAAAGUUUUCAGGAAGCUAGGAAACCUGGCAGUGCCGGCGGAUGAGAAGUGGAAAGCAGUAUUUGAUGAAUGCUGGCGUCAGCUAGGCUGUGAGAACCCAGGCCAAGGGGACGUUUGGAAAGCGUGGGACAACAUUGCUGUGGCCCUGACCACCAGUCGGCGCCAGCACAGAGACAGUCCAGAGAUGUUAAGUCGUUCACAGACUCAGACACUAGAGAGUUUGGAAUUCAUUCCUCAGCAUGUUGGCGCCUUCUCUGUGGAGAAAUAUGAUGACAUCAAGAGAUAUUUAAUAAAGGCCUGCGACACUCCUCUGCACCCACUGGGCAGGCUCGUGGAGACUCUGGUUGCGGUGUAUAGAAUGACAUAUGUGGGGGUGGGAGCCAACCGCCGGCUACUGCAGGAGGCUGUGAAGGAGAUUAAGUCCUACCUUAAGCGAAUCUUCCAGCUGGUGAGGUUCUUAUUUCCUGAGCUUCCUGAAGAGGGCAGCACCAUCCCUCUCUCUGCUCCUCUGCCCACUGAGAGGAAGUCCUUUUGCACUGGCAAGUCAGAUUCCAGAUCUGAAUCCCCAGAGCCAGGUUACGUGGUAACAGGCUCUGGGUUAUUACUCCCUGUGCUCCUGCCUCGGCUCUACCCACCUCUGUUCAUGCUCUACGCCCUGGAUAACGACCGAGAGGAGGACGUUUACUGGGAAUGCGUUCUCCGACUAAAUAAGCAGCCUGAUAUUGCUCUUUUGGGCUUCCUUGGGGUGCAGAGGAAGUUUUGGCCAGCAACCUUGUCAGUCCUUGGAGAGAGUAAAAAGGUUUUGCCAACCACAAAAGAUGCUUGUUUUUCCUCAGCUGUGGAAUGUCUGCAGCAGAUCAGCACGACAUUUACCCCUUCAGACAAACUUAAAGUCAUUCAGCAGACCUUUGAAGAGAUCUCUCAGAGUGUCCUGGCAUCACUUCAGGAAGACUUCUUGUGGUCCAUGGAUGACUUGUUUCCUGUUUUCUUAUAUGUGGUGCUACGGGCCAGGAUUAGGAAUUUGGGUUCCGAGGUUCACCUCAUUGAAGAUCUGAUGGACCCAUAUCUUCAGCAUGGGGAACAGGGUAUAAUGUUCACCACCUUGAAGGCAUGUUACUACCAGAUCCAGCGUGAGAAGCUUAACUAGGCUGCAUAACAGCUUGACAACUGGAUUAUCUAUUCAGAGUGUUUUAGCACCAUCUGCCAUCUUCCUGUGGUGGCAAACAAAGAAUGGUGUUGAAAUGAGGACGUUGUAUUAUUUUGGUUGUUGUUUCUGAGCCUUGCUAAUGAUUGGAGCUCUGAGCCCAGACUAAAAGUAGUUGAAGGGGAGGAUUGACAAGGAGGAAGAAAUCAGAUCGACUUUAGUCCCUGGCCUACGUUAAGUUCCCCAAAUAUGCAUCUACUGUUGAAAAAAAGAGGCUCUCCCUUCCUACAGUAAAGAGUAUGCCAGCUCAUGAAGUUGUAAGAAAAAACUCUCAGUAUAGCUUCUUCUAUUAAGGAAGUGAAUGAAUAUUUUUGAGCUUCCGGUUUGCCUGCAGUUACCCCAGACCCUUUGCAAGGAGCAGAUUGUACUGGAAACUACAGUCGCCACACUCUGCCUUCCUCAAUUCCUUGCAGUCAUGUGUGCACCAUUUCUUCUUUGCUGAGGGAGGGGAAAGAGGAACUUUUAAACUGCAGUUUUAACUUUUUUAAGCUUUUCCACCAGGGUAUUCAUGAUGGGAGAGGUUCUGUGCCGUUAGUACCACACCGUAACCCCCAGCAUGGAGCACGUCCAAAUAGGAGCCUUCUGCCUCCUGACUAGGAAAGUACGUAGGAAUUUUGUUCUUGGAUUCCUUACAAGGCUACAGAGUGAAUACACUGGAAUUCUGACACUGGCUCUGAGCUGCUACGGAACCCCAUUCAUCCAUGUGCAAACGCUGUAUCCCGAGGCCUGUGAAUGAGAGCCUGAAGAGCUUCGGCAUGCAGGCUAUGUUCGGAGCAGGACUAGAGACUGGGAAAUACGGAAGCAAGAACCGCAUCUGUCCUUGACCUGGUAUUGUGGUCCUCCCCAUACCUCGCACUGAACUCACAGAGGGGAAGGAAAAGGAAACACGCUUUGGCUUUUCCCCUAUCAAAAGUGUUGUGACCCCUCGAUCUUUUAACCUUCUAGUGUUUCGCUUUGGGCCUUUUUUUUUUUUUUUUUUUUUUUGAAUGUCCUGUUAUAAGUGGUUGGUUUACAUUGUUCAAGUAACACUAGUAGCUGUUUGAGAUAACAUAGGUGCUCUUCCCGUCUCAUCUCCUCCACACCAGAGUGAGCGUACGGAGUAUUCUCCUGCUUUAUGUUAACAUCAGCAGAUGUUAAUCAAUUUUCAAAAAGGAUCAUGGUUUCUGCUCUACUUUAUAAUCAAGACAAGUGUUUAUUAAAAUACUGUUUCGGAAUGUUGGCUGUAAUGUAACAGCAAUUUUCAUAAUAAAAGAUGUUCAUCUUUA